AUGGAGCUUCUCCAACUACAGGGUCCAGCAAAGCUACAGCAGGUUACAAAGUUGCUCGACUCCCUCAAAAAAGAUGUGCAGGAGAAGCAGCUCACAUCGGCCCAAAGAGUUCAGACACUUCUUCAGUUGCGCCAGCACGGCACGAACCCCACCGACGCGGGACCGAUCUACUGCAACGAUGGAAUCGGGAUACUAGCACGCUAUGGCGUCGAAGGAGAGUCGGUAGAUGUGCGCCGCGCCGCCUUGCGCUGCGUGGCUAAUGCGCUCCUCCUCGACUCGAAGAUGCGACAGGUCUUCGUGAACACAGGGCUUGCGGGCAGACUGGCGGAAAGACUGAAGGUUGACAAUUCAGAAGACGAAAUGGUCACAAGCCGAAUUCUGUUUCUGUCAACAUACGACAGCAACCUCGAUUUCGAAGUCUUGAUCAAGAAGCAUGCCCUUGGUGAUAACGUCAACUACCAACUCGCUCGCCACGCAAAGCAAUUCCCAAAGUCGGGCAGACAGCCUCUGUCACAAAUGGACGAAUUGGCCCUGAUAGACACCUUGAAACUGAUCUUUAACGUUUCGAAGAUCUACCCAGACCUCGCAGUCACAUUUUCACCCUCGAUACCACACGUUUUAAAGAUCAUCAGCCGCAUGGAUAUCCCCUCAAAGCCUCUGGAAGGCCUGGUCAGUUACUUGAUUAACUCCUUAUCGGUUCUUGACCUGGAAGAGAAGAAGAGCAAGGUGUUUGAGAGUAGCCCUCUUUUCCCGAAGUUCAACCAGAACUGCAAUGUGGAUAAGUUGAUCAACAUCCUUGACCAAGCGGUGUCAGUAUACAGCCCAGAAGAGCUAGAAGAGAAGGCCGUACCGUUGUUACACUCCCUCAUCGUCGUCCAUGAAGUUGCACCCGAUGGGCCGCGCAAAUAUAUGCAGUGGCUUCUGCUGCCAGAGGACAGCGACCGCAACUUGCCCAUUGGACAGUCCGACACACUAUCAUCACGACUAUUGAAGCUCUCUACCAGCCCCUACCCGAACCUUAAGACUGGUAUCUCCGAGCUCAUGUUUGUGCUUUCUGGAAAAGAUGCCGAAAACCUCACAAAGAGGAUCGGUUAUGGCUUCGCUGCGGGAUUCUUGGCGUCUCGUGGUAUGGAGAUCCCACAGAGUGCCGGCGAGGCAUAUGCCGAGAAUGGAGGUGACGCAACGGUCAAUCCUAUUACCGGCCAGCGCUGGGCGUCAGAACCAAAGGACGACGGCCCACCAAUGACUAUGGAAGAGAAAGAGAGAGAAGCAGAGAGACUAUUUGUCCUGUUUGAAAGGGCGAAAGCAAAUGGUCUUCUGUCCGUGGAGAAUCCUGUAACCCAGGCUCUCCACGAAGGAAGAUUCGAGGAACUAUCUGAUGAUGCUGACAGUGAUUAA